AUGGCAACUCCAUCAAACAGUCAGUUACAAAGCAUGCUACAAAGGGCUGUUCAAAAAGUUGACUGGACUUACAGUCUUUUCUGGCAACUUUCUUCCCAAGAAAGGAUUCUGGUGUGGAGAGAUGGAUAUUACAAUGGAGCCAUAAAGACAAGGAAGACAGUGCAGCCAAUGGAAGUGACGGAUGAGGAGGCAUCCCUUCAGAGAAGUCAACAGCUUAGAGAAUUAUAUGAUACGCUUUCCGCCGGAGAGACAGAAAAUCAGCAAGCUAGAAGACCGUCUGCUGCCUUGUCACCGGAGGAUUUGACCGAGUCUGAGUGGUUCUAUUUGAUGUGCAUCUCCUUCUCUUUCCCUCCCGGAGUAGGAUUGCCAGGAAAGGCCUAUGCGACGAGGCAACAUAUAUGGCUAACCGGGGCAAAUGAAGUAGACAGCAAAGUGUUCACAAGGGCAAUUCUGGCUAAGAGUGCUCGCGUUCGGACUGUUGUCUGCAUUCCUCUGCUAGAUGGCGUAGUCGAACUUGGAACUAUAGAAAAGGUUGAAGAAAACAUGGGAAUAAUCCAUAAAAUCAGGACUAUUUUCGACAUCAAUAACAUUGACCAUGAUGAUGAUGGUGGUGAUGGUAAUAAGCUGAUGCAACAACAAGAAGUGCCAAAGCCAGCCUUAUCGGAGCAUUCCAGCACAACUUGUAAUAAUUACAACAAUUCAGGAGCCCUACCAAUGUUAAUGCGACAAAGGAGGAUUCUUAGUAACAAUAAUUCCCCGCCACCAUUUUCAGUAAAUGUUGUGCCGCCGGCCGGUCCAUCCACAACUCCAAGUAGUACUAGUAAUAGACUCAUAGGCAUAGUAGACACCCAAGAUCAUAAUCAUAUGGCUAAUGUAGUAGAUGACGUAGAAGAAGAAGAGGACGAAGAAGUUGCCGAUGAUUCAGAGGCAUUGGUUCAAAGUGUUGGUAUUAGGUCCGGCAUAGCGGGAUUAAUGGAAGUGGAUGUGCAAUUUGAUCGUGACAUUCCGGAGAAUAUAAGGUUCAGUUCGCCUGAGGAUCAUUAUCGAAAUCAAGGUCUGAUGAUUCCGGUCACCAACUGCCAAACAACUGCCCUAGUGGCUGACCAUUCUAUCGGAUCGGAUUCAGGAUGCCGACGAUGGCCACUUACAGAGACCAAACCGAAUGCACCAUCAGGAGAAGGAAUCGGAAUUCCUGAAGUGCCUCCACAUCAAUCUUCCUCAGGAGUUCCUUCAUUAAUGGUGGGAUCAGGUGAUGUUGAAUUCGCGAAACAAGACGAAGAAUCAGAGGAGGUUCCCGACCAUUACUCACAAACAGUAUCCACCAUCCUUCACCACCAAUCCACCCGCUCUAAUUUCUCCGAUUCCUUAUCCAACUUCCCUUCCUACAUUCACACACUAUUUAUCUCCGCUCACUCAGCCUUCCGCAACUGGUCGCCGUCGCCAAUCACUUCCCGGUCAGCCUCCUCCCGUUCCCAGUCAGCCCUCAAGUACAUUCUCUUUACAGUUCCGCUCCUGCACUCCAAAUCCGGCCAGUGCGACUCCACCUCUGGCUCCCCGGUUUUGGUCAAGUCUCGGGAAGAAAGCAUUUCGGAGUCUGCCUCAGGGAAGUUGCGGAAACCAACCCCACCGGAAGAGCUCAGUGCAAACCACAUACUCUGUGAACGACGGCGUAGGGAGAAGCUGAAUGAGCGUUUUAUUAUAUUGAGGUCUCUGGUGCCUUUCAUCACCAAAAUGGACAAGGCGUCCAUACUUGGAGAUGCUAUAGAAUACGUGAAACAGCUGCGGACGAAGAUAACCGAGCUUGAGGCCCGAACACGUCAGCUGGAGGAGGAAAAUCAUGAUCCGUCCAAGAUCAAGGGGUAUACAAAUGCUGGGAGAGUCAAGAAGAUGAAGCUAACGGAGGACACAGGUAGUGGUGGAGGGAAGCCCACGGCACCGUCGGCAGUGGAGGGAACAGAGGUACAGGUGGAGGUUUCUAUAAUAGAAAAUGAUGCACUGGUGGAGCUGCAGUGUCCAUGUAGGGAAGGGUUGUUACUGGAUGUCAUGCAAGUGCUUAGGGAGCUCAAGGUGGAGACUACUUUGGUGCAAUCUUCUGCUAAUGAUGGGAUUUUUGUUGCUGAGCUCAGGGCUAAGGUGAAAGAGAACUUGAAUGGCAAAAAGGCCACUAUUAUGGAAGUCAAAAGAGCAAUCCACCAGAUCAUCCCCAUGACGCUCAAAAACUUAAGACCAAACAAGGGAAAAGAAUUAUGCUAG